AACAGGUUUUAAAAAGCACCAUGCUCCUCCUCUGGAGUGAGCCGCAGGGACAGCUGCUCUUUGGCCUUCUGCUGACCUCAGAAACUAGAAACACUUAUUUCAGGCUUUGUCCCACUGGCCACUGUGGGCAGGAGUGGAAAACACCUGCCAGGUGUUGCCAUAAGAUCCACUCCGCCAACAGGAAACUUUUCUACAAGCUUUGCGGCUUAACAGUAUAGCCCCCUCCCAACCCUGCUUUCCCUCGGCGUCCAAACCUCAGCGCGUGUGGAGCGCCCCCUGUGCGCGAGGCUCGGGAGCCGGCAAGUGUGGGCAGCACUGUGCUCGCAGGGCUCCCAGGCAUUCUGUCUUCCCAACCGCCCUCCUGCUAGUACCUCUUGUUCCUGUUUUACAAAUGAGACUGGCGGUCGAAAAGAACACCGGGCCGUGGGACAGGACACGUCCCUGUGGGUAACUGACCCUGUGACCUUGAGCAAGUCGCUAGCCCGGCGGGAGCUGAGCCUAAGUUCUCUCCCCCUUGGAACACCGUCCCAGCUCACGGUCACGAGAGCUCAGCCGCCCCUGGAAGUGGGUUUCCAGACCCCAAGCAGUGGUUGGCCCGACCUGCCCCCAGAGCCGGAGGGCGCGGGGAGGAGCGGGCACGAGCCAGCGUCCCGCCCCCGCCGCGGCGACCCCGGGGGCCGACGCCCGACUCGGGUCGGACUGAACUACGGCGCCCGGGAAGGUCGUUCCGUGCCUCGCGAAGACGUCCGCUUCCGCCAAUCACCGCUUGCGGCCCGCCCCUCUCGUCGCCGGAAGCAGCCGUUGCCUCGAGCGACGACAACGUCCGGCUUUCCGAGUUGGCGGCGGGAAAGGCCAUGAGUAAAGGCCGGGCGGAGGCCGCGGCGGGAGCCCCUGGGAUCCUCCUGAGGUACCUGCAGGAGCAGAACAGACCCUACAGCGCCCAGGACGUGUUCGGGAACCUGCAGCGGGAACACGGACUGGGCAAGGCGGCGGUGGUGAAGGCGCUGGAGCAGCUGGCCCAGCAAGGCAAAAUCAAAGAGAAGAUGUACGGCAAGCAGAAGAUCUAUUUUGCGGACCAGGACCAGUUUGCCAUGGUGAGUGACGCUGACCUCCAAGGCCUGGAUGCCAAAAUCGUGGCCCUCACUGCUAAGGUGCAGAGCUUACAGCAGAGCUGCCGCCACAUGGAGGCUGAGCUGAAGGAGUUAACUAGUGCCCUGACCACACCGGAGAUGCAGAAAGAGAUCCAGGAGUUGAAGAAGGAGUGUGCUGGCUACAGAGAGAGACUGAAGAAUAUUAAAGCAGCCACCAACCACGUGACUCCAGAAGAGAAAGAGCAGGUGUACAGGGAGAGGCAGAAGUACUGCAAGGAGUGGAGGAAGCGGAAGAGGAUGGCAACAGAGCUGUCUGAUGCCAUUCUGGAAGGAUACCCCAAGAGCAAGAAGCAGUUCUUUGAGGAAGUCGGGAUAGAGACAGAUGAGGAUCACAACGUGAAGCUCCCAGACCCUUGAGGGGUCCCCCGGCAGGACCCGGGGGGGAUGGAAAAAAGAAAGAGAGGUCUGCACUGGUUGGCUCCUCCUGGUUGGCUUCUGUGUUUGUUCCUGCUGCUGUCUUUGGGCAGAGCAGCUGGGAGAGGGGCAGGAGCCAGAGUAUGGGGCGCGGGGAGUGAGCGAGCCCACAGCCGAUGGUCAGGCUCAGGUGCGUUUUACUGGCUACAUUCCAGUUGCUUGAACUGAACGCUCCAACUGGAAACAACGCUAAAGGAAAGCAUUUGGCAGUAUUUAUUGUAAUACAAUUUGAUAUAAAAAUACUUAAAUUUCCUCUGGAUAACCAAACCUCGCAGAUGUCAACCCUGCAGAAGGCUACAGAGUAGAGACAGGAAACUAUAUAGCAUUCAAGGAGCCCGAGGCCUUAAGCAGGAUUUCUUGGAGCUCUGUACCCCAGGAGGCCUUUAAAUACCUUCUCUACCUCUUCACUCUGACCCCAAGUCCUGGGAGAGAUGCAGGCAGCACAGGGAUAGAGACCCAGAUACACUUGACAGGAAGGGUGGGAGUGGUUCUGAGGCCCAGUUUGUUUUCCAAAAUUGUAAGUUUAGCAAACUGCACUGUUGGUGUUUAUUUAGAAAAUUAAAAAAAAAAAAAAAAACUAUUACCAUGUAGUGCUGUGUGUCACACUUGACUUCUCUGUGCUGUGCUCCUGCCUGUGGACACAGAGGGAGCAGGAGCACACAGGAAGGCCGCUUCCCUCUAGCACCCAGAGAGGGUAAGAGAGGCGAUGGAGUAGCAGGUGAGGGCAGGAUCCUGGCAGCCCUGCCCAGAGCUGGCUGGCAGAGCCCGGGUCCCACCUUGGGCCCACCAAGGGAGCCCUAGCCCAGGUACUAGGCAGCCUGUCACACUUCAUGGCUGUGAGAGUAUUUCCUCAUGUUCCUUUCUUUCUGUCCAACUACUGCCAAAAUGGCCAAACUUGGGCCAGGUGUUGCCCAAAUCUGGUCCAAGAGACCAAACCAAAUGCAAAUAGUAGCUCCCAGAUAUGUGUAGAUCUGGAGCAAAAAUCUGAGGCUUAGAAGGGGAGAGGACGGGAGCUCUUGGGGAUGCCCAGAGCAGACUGAGGAUUUUUACGGGGAGAGGGGAAAGACAAGAGGCUCGAGUUUUGUGGUCAAUAUAAUAAAUUAAAGCUUUCACAAAACAAACACCCCAGCCCCACUGAGGAUGAGGGGUUUCGGGGAACCAAAUGCUGGGAACCAGGGAACCUGUGUGCAGCAUCGAGUCUGAUCUCAGAGGGCCAGCGGCUCUGUGGCCAAGCAGGAGACUUGGGCCUCUCGCUGGCUCUUCUGUGGGUUUGGGGCGCUGGUCAGUAGAGCUGGUUCUUCAGCUGGUGCAGGACACCAAUCACGAUCUCCCGGAGGGUCUGGUGGGGGCAGCAGAGGGAGGCAUGGGUGACGCUCAGGCAAGGACAGAGCGCGGGCUCUGUGACCUGUGCCUACACAAGGCGUGCUCUUUAGAAUGCAACAGAAAAAGCCCCUGGGCCGCACUGCUAUCUGCAGUUUACUCUGAAAUGUCCCUACAGAGCACAGGGAAAGGGAUGGAGGCACGGCCGGCUAUGUGGAAAAGCAAAUGCAAGAAAUGGAAAUGGCA